AUGGAGCAAAUCUACCGGAAAAAUCGUCAAGGAACAUCAUUUUCAAAGACUGGGUGGAACAACAUUCAUUCUGCAUUCAAUGCAAAAACAAGAAAAUCAUAUGAGAGGAAGCAAUUGAAAAAUAGGCUUGAUAACUUGAGGAAGGAUUGGAGGACAUGGGUUGAUUUGAACAAAGAAACUGGUGUAGGUUGGGACCCUAUAAACAAUAUAGUGGUGGCAACAAAUGAGUGGUGGGAGAAGAAAAAACUGGAGAAUCCCCAGUAUGAAAAGUUUAGGUACCAGGGGUUAAAGUUUGCUCAUGAAUUAAACACGAUAUUCAAGGGUGUGAUAGCAUCUGGAGAGGAUAUGUUGGCACCGUCUUUAACCCAACCUCAGACACAAGAGGAUGAUGAAGAGAAUGCGUAUAGAGUUGAUACAGAUCUCCUUGAAGGAUCGGGGGAUAGCGAAGAAGAUCUUGGAGGUGCUAGUGUAGGAGUUACGGAUGAGAUGGCAGGCGUAAACUUAACAGCAAAUACUGCACCUAGUGGUUCAGGAAGCCAUGGGAAGAGGAAGAGAGGUGAAGGGUCUAGCAGGCAAACAAAGCAAAAACUUCCAGCCUCAUGA